GCAUUACAUCACUUCUCUGCAGCGCGAUUGGCCGCGCGCCUCUCUUCGCCCGGCCGCCGCGCAGCCUCCGCAGCAGCGGCGUCGUCAGCCGCCGCACAUCGACCGACCGCCUCGCGCUCGUCCGGUGGUGCGCGCGCGUCUUCUCGUCCCCUGCACCGGCGGCCCGUCUCCGAGGACAUGGCCGAGAGCGAGGCGGACACGCCGAGCACGCCCAUCGAGUUCGACAGCAAAUACUUCGAGCACGAUGGCGUGCGGCUGCCGCCCUUCUGCAGGGGGAAGAUGGAGGAGAUCGCCAACUUCUCCCUGAGGAGCAGCGACAUCUGGAUCGUCACCUACCCGAAGUCAGGAACCAGUCUACUUCAGGAGAUCGUGUACCUGGUGAGUCAGGGGGCAGACCCAGAUGAGAUCGGCCUCAUGAACAUCGACGAGCAGCUGCCGGUCCUGGAGUACCCCCAGCCUGGCCUGGACAUCAUACAGGAGCUGACGUCCCCCCGGCUGAUCAAGAGCCAUCUGCCCUACCGCUUCAUGCCCACCGCCAUGCACCACGGAGAGGCCAAGGUGAUCUACAUGGCUCGGAACCCGAAGGACCUGGUGGUCUCCUACUACCAGUUCCACCGCUCGCUCAGGACCAUGAGCUACCGGGGGACCUUCCAGGAGUUCUGCCGCCGCUUCAUGAACGACAAGCUGGGAUAUGGUUCCUGGUUUGAACAUGUUCAGGAGUUUUGGGAGCAUCGUAUGGAUUCUAAUGUCCUCUUCUUGAAAUAUGAAGACAUGUACAAGGACCCCGGGGCCCUGGUGGAGCAGCUGGCCCGGUUCCUGGGCGUCUGCAGCGACAAGGCCCAGCUGGAGGGCACGGUGGAGAGCUGCAGCCAGCUCAUCGAGCAGUGCAGCAGCUCAGAGGCGCUGGCCAUCUGCAGAGGUCGGGCCGGUCUGUGGAAGGACGUCUUCACGGUGUCCAUGAACGAGAAGUUUGACGCCAUUUACCGACAGAAGAUGGGCAAGUCCGACCUGACCUUUGACUUCUGCCUGUGAGGAGCCCCUCCCACACCCACCCACCGAUCCACGUCUCCAGCCGGUUCGGUCUGCAGUUCAACGGUGUCUGACAGCGGGACUACACAGCGAUACCUUUCCCCCCAGAAUGCAACCUGUCUCAACUCAACACCUCAUCAGAAGCCCCGCCCCCUCACCGAGGAUCAAAGUGAUUCCAGAUUCAUUCGGGAUUUGUUGAAACGUCUCUGCUGCUUAUGACCAUGUGUACACAUGGUCAUAAGCAUGUGUGUGUGUGUACAUGUGUACACAGUGUACGUACACAUGUACAUACAUGUGUGCAUACGGACACAUGUACGUACGCAGCAGAGCGAGGUCGGGUUCCACUGGUUCUUAAAGUCUUAAAGGCCAAAACCAGAACUCAGCUGGACUGCCGGUCCAUGUUUAUAUUCCAUCUCUCCUCAACACGGCUGCUGUGACGAAAGCUACGUGCAGACAUUUGACUGAAAGACACGUGAAGUCACAGGUGAUGGAGGCGUUCCUCAGGGUACCAUCGUGGUGCCCCGCGGAGCCCAGUGACCAAAGGUUGGACACAUUUGUUUUUUGUUCAUUUACAAAGCUCAUUCUUUUUUUAUUAAAUAUGUCCAAGAACUCCAGAAUAAACCCAGAGUCGCUUGAAGCUACGACAAUACAUGUGUAGUGUUGGUUUGGAGGUCCUUGUGGACAAACCUCAAAAACACCAGACCACCAGGACCCCGUACGGCCGUAGUUCUGUUGAAGAACAAAGACACGGCACUCUUCUAUUGUUAUUCUCAGCGUUGAUCGACACACAUAUCUGUACAGAGCUUCAGGGAUUCUCUCUGGCCAGAUAUUUACACAUCAAUGACUCACUAAACACAGAGCUAAGGAAAAGGUUUCACUAGAGACACACACACACACACACACACACACACCUGUAAAUCUGUGUGUAGACACACCUGCAUCACAGUAAAUACAGUCAUUACGUCACACAAUACAAUACAUACAGAAAUGAAAUGACAAUCUAAUUGGCCGGAAGAGAGAUGCACACACACACACUUGUAAUCACUGCCCCGUGAGGACCUUGACUAGAAGGUGUCGCAUGGGGACACCUCUUUCAAAAUUGAAUAACAGCAUCUUUUUUAUCACAUGCAUUUUUGGGGAGUCAUGGGAACCAACAUAUUAGUCGUAUAAAUAUUUCCCAAAUUGUGAAAGCUUGA